AUGGGCAAUUGGGGCAGUUGGAGUGAGCACGGACUCGACCACAAAGAGGACGUGGAACCUUCCAAGUGGACGAAUGAGAUGGUUCUAGAUUGGCUCUCUAAACAAGGAUUUGAUGAUUAUAAGAAACAUUUUAUCGGAGUGAAUGGAACAGUGUUGCAAAGCCUAACGAAAGAUACGUUGGUGGAUGAGAUGAAUAUUCCGACAGGUGUUGCUAUAAAAUUGAUGAGAGAAGUGGAUCGGUUAUUUGUUGUUCAUACGACUUCAACAGGUAGUGGUUCUGGUUCUGGCAGUCCUAAUCAUCAUCAGAAUGCUGCAAAUGUUCAACAAAUUCCGAAUCAAAAUAAUUCAACACAAAACAGUAACCUUCAAACGAAUGCAUCCAACAAAUCAAUCAUUUCCACCUCUACAAUAACGACAUCGUCAUCAAGUUCUGUCAAUGAUCAAAUUUCCAUUCAACAAGAUGACGAGGAAGCGAUUAAAAAGUGUCUCAUCAAAUUGGACAAGUUAAAAGGACUGCAAAAUUUAUCGGAAAAACAAAAGAGAGAUAAAGCCAAGAACCUUGUGAUCAAACACCAUUUAUUGAACAGUUAUUUGAACAAGGAUUUUGUGGCAACUAAAAGAACUAUUACUGAGCUGAUUAAUGACUCACCAGUGCCAUCAUCCUCGCCAUCAACAAGGAGUAAUUCCGCUUCUUCCUCUUCCUCUUACGCAGCAUCAGCAAUUGGAGCCAUCAUUCCAUCAAGUAAAGCACCAACGAAUAUGAUUGCUUCUGACAAUGUAGAAAUUUAUGAUACAGGAUCUGUCAAUGAUGACGAAGAUAAGAAAGAUUUACAACAAGUAGCAAGUGAAAUUUCCGAGUUACAAACCAAUAAGAAUUAUGUGAUCAAAGAUGAGGAGUUUUUAAAGGUGAAAUUGGUGGUUGUAGAGCUUCACAGAACAGCAGCUCAAAGAAAUUUCAGAAAAUUCCUUUCACCUGUCUUGGAUACAUUCAAUGUUGUGCCACAGUUUGGACUCUUCCAUUCCGCUCUUGUAGUAGGACCAUGGUAUUUAGAGUGGAAUGACUCUUCUCUAAUUGUACCUAGAAAAUGUUAUUCUGGAGCAGCUGUAUUGGCCGCAGACGUUGAUCGAAGUUUUAAAGGACCUCAAGUGGGAGAAGCUCUCGACAAAAUUUCUAACAUUAUUUGUAAUUGGAAUUCUAACAUGAUGUAUUCACAACAAAAGGCCAAUUGCCAACAUUUUGUGGAUGAAAUUUGUUCUGCUUUAGGAAUUGAAUUGAAAUUUAAAGGAGCUCUUGGAGAUUACUGUGAAAAAUUGAGAACAUUUGGAAGUUGUGAACUCAAUUACACCAUUCCAAAAGAAUUGAAAGAAAAAUGUGAAUUCACUCAAGAAACUUGGAAGUUUACAAGUCAUGCCCAGUUAGAUGAUUUUGUACAUACGAUUUGUAAGAAGGAUCCAUUGUAUUUUGAAAAACGACAAGACGAUUGGAGUUUACUGAAAAGCUUUGAUCGAGCUUUUUGGCUUAGAUAUUACAAGAAUAAGAAGAGUGAAGAUUUUAAACCGUGUUCUAAUGGUUGUCCAUUUUCUGAUCCAGCCACAAGUGGUUCAAUAAUGGAAAACUUUUUCACUUUUGGAGGCAAAAAGAGGUAA